UGUUUAAUAUUUUCAGAUUAAAGAUGACAGGGUUUGGUUUACACUCAGGGUACACUAAUAGCACACUCAGACUAUGGCAGAGUUCUGGUACUGAGAUACAUUCACAUAAUUUUAUGCUGCCUCUCUUCAUUGUAGAUGACCCAGAGGCUAGAGAGGAGAUAUCCAGCCUACCCGGAGUUUGCAGAUACGGAGUAGUCUCUGUCCUUGAGUAUCUCCGGCCUCUGGUAAAGGACGGUUUAUCCUCCGUUCUUCUCUUUGGAGUUCCAAAUAAGGUUCCUAAGGAUGAAGAGGGUUCUGCAGGGAUGGAUAAAGAAAAGAAUCCAGUAUUCAAGGCAGUUGAAGGAAUAAAAGCUGAGUUCCCAAGUUUAACCGUCGCCUGUGAUGUAUGUCUAUGCCCAUAUACUUCCCAUGGACAUUGUGGAGUUCUUAACAAAGAUGGAACAAUUGAUAAUGUGAGGAGUCUUCCUUUGUUGGCUAGGCAAGCGCUUGCGUUUGCCGAGUGCGGAGCUGAUAUAGUUGCACCCUCGGAUAUGAUGGACGGAAGGGUUGGAGCAAUCAAGAAAAUACUGGCAGAGAAUGAUCUUGCCAGAGUAGCUGUAUUGAGUUACGCCGUUAAGUUUGCGUCCUCCUUCUACGGACCAUUCAGGGAAGCAGCAAAGUCGGCGCCGGCAUUCGGUGACCGGAAAUGUUACCAACUGCCCUCUGGAUCUAGGGGACUUGCCGCGCGAGCAGCAGCGAGGGAUGUAUCUGAAGGAGCUGAUAUGUUGAUGGUGAAGCCUGGAAUGGCGUAUUUAGACCUGGUCAGAGAAACUAAAAAUGCAUUCCCCAACCAUCCUAUGUUUAUUUACCAGGUCUCUGGAGAAUAUGCAAUGCUGUAUCACGGAGCAGCUGCUGGAGCAUUCGAUCUCAAGAAUACGCUGCUCGAGGUCCUUACUGGAAUGCGUAGGUCUGGAGCUGAUGUGAUUAUCUCCUACUUUACCCCACAGAUCCUGACUUGGCUCAAGGAGUAGACAAUAUCUAACCUACUUUUAAACAGACUCAAUGAGUGUAUCUCGUUUGUUCCUUGUUUUUCUGAGAGAUCAAUCGAUCUCUCAUCGAUCAAAUUAAACUAAUUUGUACCGCGUCGCUGAGCCGCCAAUCACCAGCUCAAAUUGCGCGUUGGCUAAAAUUUCGAAACACUGAUAAGAACUUUAAGUUAAACCAAUCAUUUAAAUUCAGCCUCUCUGAUUGCUCGAUUCUUAGAAGUGUUGACCAAAAAGAGGUUGAAAGCAUUAGUUUAACUCAUUCAGUCUAUUCAAAAGUUUAUAGCUCUAGACAAAUGCAAUCGAGGAAUUAUAGUCUCUAAAUUAUUAAGAUCUGAUUUUUUUUAAAAAGUGUUAUAAUAUCUAGCUGUGAUGCAGUAAAACUAUAUUUGUAAGUAUCUCGUAGGUUGUCAUGAAUUUUUGUGAAGUUCUAUGAAUUUUAUUCAUAAACUUAUAUUAUAAAACAAUGUAAAUAAUACUUUGUCAUGUGUCUAUAAACAGCGGAACAGAUA